AUGAUAGUUGAUCGUAUGGCACUCAAUGAUCUCCAAACUCAACAUGAUAGGAGUCCAUCACAAAGAAAGCCGGGUGUUUUUGAAUUAAACACCAAUGAUGCCAUCCUUGCUCAAAACAAGAUUCUCUCUCAACAAGUUGAGUUACUCACCAAGCAAAUGUCGAAGCUUCCACAACAAAUGAAGGAAAUUCAUGGGAUGCAAAUGACAUCUCACGUAGCAAGUUGUGAACUUUGUCAAGGUGACCAUCCUACCGGGUUUUGCCCUCCUCCCGAUGGUGAAGAAGUGAAUUAUGUCAACAAUCAAAACCAAGGCUAUCAAUGGCAACCUCCACCUCACAACAAUCCUUACCAAAGAAACAACCAAGGAUUCCAACCUUCACGAUUCAUCAAUCAACACUAUCAACAUCAAAGUCCUUAUCAAAGUUCAAACCCACAAGGCCAAGGUCAACAAUCUCAAGGUGGAAGCUCAAAGUUGGAAGACACUCUUACACAAUUCAUGCAAGCAUCCAUGGCUAAUCAAAGGAGUAAUGAAGCGGCCAUAAAGAAUUUAGAAAAUCAAGUGGGUCAACUUGCAAAGCAAUUGUCCGAGCAACAACCAGGAGCAUCCUUUUCCGCCAACACCCAAACCAAUCCAAAGGAGCAUUGCAAAGCCAUUGUUACAAGAAGUGGGAAGGAGGUGAAUAGUGGCGUAAAUAAAGAGGUUAUAGUGGAAGAUGAGGAGGAAAUAAUAGUUGAAGAUGAAGAGGAGGAAGUGACAGUUGAAAAUGAGGGAGAAAAGAGUGAGGAGAAGAUAGAGGAAGAAUUAGUUGAAAAAGAGCAGAAAGAAAAAGAAGAAAGAGAGAAAAAUGACAAAAAAGUGAAGAGGAAUAAAAAGAGAAAUGAGAAUGUGAGCACAAUUCCUCUCCAACAUCUACCUUACCCGCAUGUGCAAUCAAGGAAGGAAGACGCAAGCAUCAAUUUAAUACCUUUAUCCGUUGUCAAGAGAUUGGGGAACAUUGAGAUGAAACACACCAGGAUAACUUUGCAACUAGCCGAUAAGUCCAUCAUUUCACCAUAUGGAGUUGUACAAGACAUGCUGGUAAAAGUGGACAAAUUUUUGUUCCCGGUUGAUUUUGUGGUAGUCGACAUGGAGGAGGAUCGUGAUGUGCCAUUAAUACUUGGAAGACCAUUCAUGAAGACCACCCGAAUGAUGAUUGAUAUCGAUGAUGGGAUUAUGAAAGUAAGGGUGCAAGAUAAAGAAGUAAUUUUUACUCUUUUUGAGUCUAUGAAGCCUCCUAAGGAUGAACAUGACAACUUCCGAAUCGAUGAUAAAAAAGGAGAAAUCAUUGAGGUGGAGAAUCAAUUUCACAAGGAUAAGGACAAGGCAAAUCAUGAGGGAAAGACUCAUCACAAAAACUUUAAAGUUGGACAAAUGGUGCUUGUGUGCAAUUCAAGACUCAAGGUGUUUCCUAGCAAGUUAAAGUCAAAGUGGUCAGGGCGAUUUGUUGUGAAAGAGGUGCGAAAUUAUGGAUCCAUUGUGGUGGAGGACCCUAAAACACAAGAAAGCUGGACUGUAAAGGAACGAAGACUCAAAGUCUACCACGAUGGAUAA